UGCGAGCAGAGGUCAGUAAUAACCAACAAAUCUUCAAUAACCUGGAGAGUGAGCUGAGCAAAGCCAAAGCAGUGAAUGAGCGAAUGAUUCGCAGUCACAGUGAGAGGGACGUGGACCUGGAUCGAUACCACGAGAGUAUCCAGCAACUCCUCGAGCACUGGCAGGGAAUCCAGGGCCAGAUCGAUACCCGAUCCCGGGAACUUGACCAACUGGGACGACACCUCACCUACUACCGCGACGCUUACGAUUGGCUGAUCCAGUGGAUUCGGGAAACUAAAGAACGUCAGGAGAAGAUCCAGGCUGUACCAAUCAGAGACAGCAGCAGCUUGAAGCAACAACUGCAACAGUUGCUGAUCAACUGUGAUGUGCUUCCCCAGGACUACGAGCUGCGGUUGGUGACGUAUAAAGCUCAGGUUGAACCUCUCGCGUCUCCAGCGAAGAAACAGAAAGUCACAUCAGUAUCAGACACCAUCAUCCAGGAGUAUGUGGACCUGAGGACCCGCUACAUUGAGCUGAUGACCCUGUCCAGCCAGUACAUCAAAUUCAUCACCAUCAAUCUGCAGCGUCUUAAAACCGAAGAGAAAGCUGCAGAGGAGCUGAAAGCAGAAGAGCGUAAACGUUUGGAAGAAGUGGAGGCACAGUUAGAGAAACAGAAGCAGUUAGCUGUUGCUCAUGCGAAGGCCAAAGCUGAGGCUGAGAAGGAAGCGAAGGAGCUACAGCAGAGGAUAGAGGAAGAGGUGAACAAGAGGGAGGCAGUAGCAUUGAAUGCAGAGAACCAGAAGCAGAAUGUUCAACAAGAGUUAAACCAACUGAAAACCUCCUCGGAAAUUGAAAUCCAGAAAAAGACAAAGAUGGUGGAGGAAGUUCUGUUUAGCCGCACCAAGAUUGAGGAGGAGAUUCGAAUUAUCCAGUUACAAUUAGAGACUUCCCAGAAACAGAGAGAAUCUGCAGAGUUGGAGCUGCAACAACUGAAAACACGAGCUGAAGAAGCAGAGAAACAGAGGAAAACAGCACAGGAUGAGGCUGAAAGACUGCGCAAACAGGUCAACGAGGAGUCCCAGAAGAAGAAACAAGCAGAGGAGGGACUAAAGCUGAAGAUUCAGGCAGAGAAAGAUGCUGCUCGGGAGAAGCAAAAGGCUUUGGAGGACCUGCAACAUUUCAAGAACCAAGCUGCGGAUGUGGAGAGGAGAAUGAAGCAAGCAGAGCUGGAGAAAGAGAAACAGCUGAUGCUUGCUCAGGAAGUCGCUCAGAAAAGUGCCGCAGCUGAACUCCAGAGCAAACGCAUCUCAUUCGAGCAAAAAACAACAGAGCUGGAGUUAUCCCUGAAACAGGAACAUCAGACUGUGACCCAGUUACAGGAGGAGGCCGCACGGUUGAAGAGACAACAGGAGGAUGCAGAGAAUGCCAAGCAGGAAGCAGAGAAAGAGCUGGAGAAAUGGCGUCAGAAAGCCAAUGAGGCCCUUCGAUUAAGACUGCAGGCAGAAGAAGUGGCUCACAAGAAGACACUGGCUCAAGAGGAAGCUGAAAGGCAGAAGGAAGAGGCUGAGCGUGAGGCCAGGAAGAGAGUGAAAACUGAGGAAUCAGCACUAAGGCAGAAGGAAAUGGCCGAGCAGGAGUUGGAGAAACAGAGGAAGCUGGCCGAUGAAACGGCACAGCAGAGACUCUCCGCAGAGCAGGAGCUAAUCCGCCUGCGAGCACAGACUGAGAACGGGGAGCAGCAGAGGCUGCUGCUGGAGGAAGAACUGUACCGGCUAAAGAACGAGUUCAAUGAGGUUCUUCGCCAAAGGAAACUGUUGGAGGAGGAGCUGGCAAAGGUGAAAGCGGAGAUGGAGAUCCUGCUGCAGCUGAAAUUGAAAACUGAGGAGGAAACCAGGUCAACAACAGAAAAGACCAAACAAAUGCUGGAGACAGAGGCACAGAAGAUGAAAGAGCUGGCGGAUGAGGCAGCAAAGCUGCGAUCUGCGACAGAGGAAGCCAAACGUUUGAGACAGAUUGCUGAAGAUGAAGCUAGUCACCAGAGGAGUGAGGCUGAGAGGAUCCUGAAAGAGAAACUUGCUGCCAUUAAUGAUGCCACCCGCUUAAAGACAGAGGCAGAAAUGGCUCUGAAGGAGAAGGAGGCUGAAAAUGAACGUUUGCGAAGAAUGGCCGAGGAUGAGGCCUAUCAACGGAAGCUACUGGAAGAACAGGCAAUGCAGCACAAGCAAGAUAUCGAGGAAAGGAUUGCUCAGCUGAGGAAGAGCUCUGACCUCGAAUUGGACAGGCAGAAAGGCAUUGUGGAGGAGACUUUGAAACAGAGGAGAAUCAUUGAGGAAGAGAUUCGAAUCCUCAAACUGAACUUUGAAAAGGCUUCAGAAGGCAAGUCUGAUCUGGAAAUUGAGCUGAACAAGUUGAAGAACAUUGCUGAGGAAACUCAACGCAGCAAGAAAGAGGCGGAGGAGGAGGCUGACAAACAGCGAGCAAGGGCCUUGGAAGAAGCAAAGAAGAGGCAAGAGGCAGAACGCAAAGUCAAAGAAAUCCUCGCAGCUGAGGAAGAGGCUGCUCGGCAACGCAAGGUGGCACUGGACGAGGUCGAGCGACUGAAGAAAAAGUCAGAGGAAGCCUGGAAACAGAAGGACCUGUCAGAGAAAGAGGCAGAGAGGCAGAUCAGCCUGGCACAAGAGGCUGCUCAAAAACGUAUUGAUGCUGAGGAAAGAGCUCACUUAGCGGCAGUGCAGCAGAAGGAACAGGAGCUGCUACAAAGCAAGAAACAGGAGAAGACAAUAGUGGACAAUCUAAAGGAACAGGCCGAGAAUGCCAAGCGACUGGCAGAAGAGGCAGAAAAGGCACGGCUGAGAGCUGAACAAGAGGCAGCUUUCAGUCGACAACAGGCUGAAGAAGCUGAGAGAUUGAAGGAACAGGCAGAGAAAGAUGCUCAGGAAAAAGCCAGGGCUCAACAGGAUGCUGAAAAGAGAAGGAAGGAGGCAGAAUUUGAAGCUGCCAAGAGAUUAAAAGCUGAGGAGGCAGCUCUGAAACAGAAACAACUGGCUGACGCAGACAUGGAGAAACACAAGAAGUUUGCAGAGCAAACACUGCGGCAGAAAUCGAGUGUGGAGCAUGAACUGACAAAAGUUAAACUGCAGUUGGAAGAUACAGACCACCAGAAAUCCAUCUUAGAUGAGGAGUUACAACGUUUGAAAUCUGAAGUGACAGAGGCCAUCAAACAAAAGACUCAAGCUGAGGAUGAACUCCUCAAAGUCAAAAUCCACAUGGAAGAGCUCAUCAAACUGAAGACAAGGAUUGAAGACGAAAACAAGAUGCUAGUUUUGAAAGAUAAGGACAACAUGCAGAAGCAUCUGGCUGAAGAAGCAGAGAAAAUGAAGAAGCUAGCUGAAGAGGCAGCCAGGCUAAGUGUCGAGGCACAAGAAUCAGCCCGUCAGAGGAAACUGGCAGAGGAAGAUUUGGCACAGCAGAGGGCACUGGCUGAUAAGAUGUUAAAGGAAAAGAUGCAGGCCAUUCAGGAAGCAAAUCAACUGAAAGCAGAGGCAGAAAUGCUGCAAAAACAGAGAGACCAAGCUGAGGAACAGGCAAAGAAAUUGUCAGCAGACAAACUGCAGAUGCAGCAGCGGCUGGAGGCAGAGGCUGAAGAAUUCCAAAAGCGUCUACUGACGGAACGUCAACGACAGAUUGAGAUCAGCGAGGAAGCUCAGCACCUGAAGACUUUAGUCUCAGAGCUGUCUGAGGCUCAGGCCAAAGCAGAGCAGGAAGCUAAGAAAUUCAAAGCCGAAGCGAAAGAGAUCAGUUUGAAGCUUUGUGAUAUAGAACAGGCAACGAGAGAGAAGGCCAGCACAGUGGAGAGACUCGAACUGCAGUGGGUCCAGAGUAAGAAAGAAGCCAGUGAGCUACAGGACGCCAUUGCAGUGUUGGAGAGUGAAAAAGAGAAACUGAAACAAGAGGCAGAUCUACUCCAACAGAGAGCAAAGGAGGUAAUGUUACUGACUGUCACCCCAGACCACACUGACCAUCACACGCACACCACACUGACCAUCACC